CUUUUAUGCUCUGUAUUUGGAAGGCAGAUAAAAUGCCAGGUCUGGGCUGCCUCUAGGGAUAACCUUCCCCUCUAUGAUGUGAAUGAAUAGCUUCUUGGCUGGGGAAUCCACAGAAAAUUGACAGGGCAGGCUCAGUUCCUCUGUACAGGCCUUCUCUACAUUUUAACCCUAGCUGUAGCUUUGUAGCAAUUUCAGUUUUGCAUUGAGAGAGGUGCUUUGGAUUAUUAGACCUCCAUGUACGACAAUUUGUACCUGCAUGGAUUUGAAGACUCAGAGGCGGGAUCAGCAGAUUCAUACACCAGUAGACCUUCAGAUUCGGAUGUAUCUCUGGAGGAGGACAGAGAAGCAAUCCGCCAGGAGAGAGAACAGCAAGCAGCCAUUCAGCUUGAAAGGGCAAAAUCUAAACCUGUAGCAUUUGCUGUUAAGACUAAUGUGAGUUACUGUGGAGCACUGGAUGAAGAUGUUCCUGUCCCAAGCACUGCCAUCUCUUUUGAUGCCAAGGACUUUCUGCACAUUAAAGAGAAAUAUAAUAAUGACUGGUGGAUAGGAAGGCUGGUUAAAGAGGGCUGUGAGAUCGGUUUUAUUCCAAGUCCACUUAGACUGGAGAACAUCCGAAUUCAACAGGAACAGAAGAGAGGACGUUUCCAUGGAGGGAAAUCAGGUGGAAAUUCUUCUUCGAGUCUUGGAGAAAUGGUGUCUGGCACGUUUCGGGCUACACCCACUUCUACAGCAAAACAGAAACAAAAAGUGACAGAACAUGUUCCUCCUUAUGAUGUUGUGCCCUCCAUGAGGCCUGUUGUCUUAGUGGGCCCAUCGCUGAAAGGGUAUGAGGUGACAGACAUGAUGCAGAAAGCCCUCUUUGACUUCCUGAAGCACAGGUUUGAUGGGAGGAUAUCAAUAACUAGAGUGACAGCCGACAUUUCUCUUGCUAAGAGGUCUGUCUUAAAUAAUCCAAGCAAGAGGGCAAUAAUUGAACGGUCAAACACCAGAUCCAGUUUAGCUGAAGUGCAGAGUGAAAUUGAAAGAAUCUUUGAGUUGGCCAGGUCCUUACAACUGGUGGUCCUUGAUGCUGAUACUAUCAAUCAUCCAGCACAACUUAUUAAGACGUCAUUAGCACCGAUUAUUGUCCACGUUAAAGUGUCUUCUCCGAAGGUUUUGCAGCGGUUGAUUAAAUCUAGAGGAAAAUCACAAAGUAAACACCUGAAUGUUCAGUUGGUGGCAGCUGAUAAACUUGCACAAUGCCCACCAGAAAUGUUUGAUGUCAUUUUGGAUGAAAAUCAGCUUGAGGAUGCUUGUGAACAUUUGGCAGAAUACCUUGAGGCAUACUGGCGUGCUACACAUACUACCAGUAGCACACCCAUGACUCCUCUUCUUGGAAGGAACCUGGGAUCUACUGCACUUUCACCAUACCCUACUGCAAUCUCUGGAUUACAGAGCCAGCGUACGAGGCAUAGCAACCACUCUACAGAGAACUCUCCAAUUGAACGAAGAAGUCUAAUGACCUCUGAUGAAAAUUAUCACAAUGAAAGGGCUCGGAAGAGCAGGAACCGCUUGUCUUCCAGUUCCCAACACAGCCGAGAUCAUUACCCACUUGUGGAAGAAGAGUACUCUGACUCGUAUCAGGACACUUACAAACCCCAUAGGAAUCGAGGAUCCCCUGGAGGAUAUAGCCAUGAUUCACGACAUAGGCUUUGAGUUUAAGAACCUGGGGAAAAAUAGUAUUCAUUAGUUGCCAUAAUGUAGGUAGGACAAAGAAAUCAUCUUAAUUAAGCAGCUGUAACACAGUUUUACUGAGGUUACAAGCUGCUGUCAUUUGAUGCUAAAAAUGGGCAAAAAUGCACCGUGCCCUUAUGUUUAGGAGGAAAUUAGUUUGCCCAGUCACAUAGGAUUUCUUUUUGGUAGAGCAUUUGCAUUUAUAGCAGCACCUUUUCUCCUCAUUAGAUAUUAGACACGUCAGUUUGUAAUUUAGGGUACUUUAUCAAGGCACAUAUAGAAUAAUUUCCUGUGCUGGAAAUUCCAAAUGACCAGUUCCAGUUGGAACCGAUUUAUAAACCAAUUCCUGUUGGAAUUCGGGUGAAUUGACUGGAAAGUCUACUUGAGCAUGUUGCAAAUCAAUUGAAAAAAGUGAAAAUGAAAAAAACUGAAAAUUACAAAAUCACUGUAAGCCAAAAAUCAGCUACAGUAUUUGAUUGCUGGAAGCUAAAUUUACACUUAAGGUUACAAUUUAAACAUGUUAACAUACACAUACAUUACCAGAAUGGCUCUUUUAGGCUAACCAAAUAUAAACCUUCCAUAAUGCCAAAUAUUAUAAAUUAAUGCAUCAGUUACAAACUACUUUCUGGUUUGAAAUUAUCUUUAUUUUUAAUCCUGGCAAAAAUGUUGCAGCAAAAACUGAUGUAUUUUGUUUGCUUAGUACUGAUAUUGCUGUUGUGGUCCCAAUAGUGAUAUGAACUUUGGGAGUAUGACAGAGAACAGUAAGAAUGGAGAAAUCCAAGCCUUGUUUGAAUGAUAUGAGUUGGAGAAUAGAUGGCUGUCUUCUUUUAAUCACCAGAGCACUAGUACAUACUCCCAGAAAUGCAGUUUUAAUCUGUAGAGAUGUAACACUUCUCCUAUUCUCAAUAUGUUACUGUGUCAAGUGAGAUUUGAUUCAUCCUCCCACAUGUUUACUGCAUAUAUAGGACUGCUGGGUCCCUUCACAUUACAUAUUUCGCCAUCCAUCUUUGAAUGCUUGCAAAUUCUAGCAUCACAUGAGAACUCUGUAAUAACCUCACAUUAGAUUUUAAUGAUGACAUCAGAUAUUUUGUUUUUUAAAAUACUAAUAAAUUCUGAAUGUUUUGAAAAGAAGGAUCUGAUAGAAAUAGCUUGCAAUAAAAAUGGAAUUGAGUAUGAGAAAAUUUCUGCUCACUAUAAAGUUAUAAAACUAACAUUUUUAAUUCAAAGAACUAUGUUAAAGUCUUUGGAAAUAUAGCUGCCUUACUUCUAAUGAAAACUUAUUUUCACCUACCAGUCUUUGUUUUUUUUUUUUUAAAAGAGAAUACAUUUAUGUAAUUAGACCUUAUGUCUUAGAUGAUCAACGAAGCCUUAGAUCCAAUAUAAUUGAAAAAAUUAUCAUAAUUGACCAUUUUAUACAACACUCUGAUGUCUUUAAGCAAAGACUCUUUCUAAAAUUCCACACUGCAUGCAUUUUCUAAAAUUGACAGAACCAUGCGUAAAAGAUCUUUUUAUGGUGGUUCAUGUCAAAGCUAUUUUUUGAAGAUGAAAGUAAUUACUUUUUAUAUUUGCCUGUUUUAUUCCCAAAGCCUCCUGACAGGCUAUAAAAGCAUGUAGCACUAAAUACAUUUCCUGAACAUUAUGAUGUCUUCUACUUUCUGGACCAAUUAAUAAAGAUACUUCUAAUAUUUUUCCCCACCAUUGAGCCUGAUUACCUGCUUGAUGUUAACAACUAGAAAUACAAUUCAUCUCAUAUCUGUACAACCAAAAAUAAUGUACAUCUCUAGCAGCAGUAAAAGAUAGUGGAUGCAACAUUGCCUUUUCUGACUGGUUUACUGUCUAAAAGAAGGGUUAAAGAUCACUAGAUGAUGAAAUUGGGCUAAAAUAUAAAAUAUCUGCAUCCACUGGAAUAACUGUGUUGAGAAUGAACCUAUAGGGCCUGAACUGCUGCCGUUUUCCAGACUAAACUCCUGUAGAUUUCAGGGAGUUUGGUCUGAGCAACUGCUACAGGAACAAGUCCAGGAAUGGUGGCAUAGGCUGCCAUUUCUCACCUUUUAUGCUAUAGCACAGGGGAGCAUUCUCCAGGAAUUUUUACAAGUCUUUGUUACAUGUACAGCACACAUAUCUGCAUGAGAAAGAAGGCAUUAGGCAAAACAUUCUUCUAUAAGCUUUAACAGUUUCUUGUUUGUGUGCAUUAAAGUAUUAAUUGCAAAGAAUGCACUGAGAUGUAUAAACCUAGAUUAGACAGCUUGUUUAUCUUUAUUCUGUAGUAGCAUUAGAGAUCAGAUCAUUAACUGCUUGAAGAUAUUUGCAUUUUAUGGCAGGAAGCUGCAACAGCACUUAUAUAUAUUUUCUAGCAAACAAGAUUACUGCUUUAUCAUUUCAAAGACAAAAAUAUCAUUUAUUUUUUAAAGCCUUUGGAGCCUUGGUUUAAGUCUUCCAUGUCAUGCUAGUAAAGGGAAAGAUCCGCAGAACACACAUGCACAAAAUCCACCAACUGCAUUGUCUCAAGUGCCAAAACCGCUUUGUUUUAAUGUUCUUAUGAAAAUACCUUUUUGAAGGGAGUCAUGUACUAUUGUCUUGAAAGAAAAUUUUGAAAUUUUCUUAAUUCUGUAGGUUUAGAUUUACCCUUUCUUUGUACGUAAUUGAUUUAUUUCCCUCCCAUCCCAGUUAUAAAUGAUCCAACAGAAUUUGAUAGUUUUCUUGGUUUUUGCAGGGGACUCACCCUUCAAGUAAAACAGCAUAUCAAAUAAUAACAGGAAUACAUUUUAUUCUAGAUAAAUUCUAUUUUUUAAAAAAAUACAUUAUUUUUAAGAAACAAAAGAAACAAAUGCAGCAAUGUUGAUUCAGGACAUUUAAAUCCACAGCAUAAACCAUAUAUUAGAACUUCCACGAUGGUAACCAAACAUCCUGUGAUUUAUUAUAGUAUGGUUUUAUGUGAAGUUAUGAAGUUCGUGGGUUCCUGAAUGAAUAGAAAUAAGAGUAUUUUUUCCAAUACUGAUACCAUCUCUCAUUAGUAUUAUAAUAUGAUCAGGAUUCUGUUGCUAAACUCCAAAUUCUACACAGAUCUUUUAGAAAUGUGUAUAACAUUUAUUUUUGUUAUGUUUAUAAGUGGUUUUUAUUUAAAACAUUUUGUGCUUAAUGUUAACUUAGCUGAUAUGCUAAAUUUAGUGCUGAUAUGACAAUCUUAAUGGCAUGGUCAUCCAUAGACAGUAUGCAUCAAUGCACUCAUUUGUAAUGGAAUAACACAUGAUUUUUUAAAUGUAGAAACUAUUUAUAAGGAAAUAAAUGGUUAUUCUCCACCUUUUUUUUUUUUGGCAAAUUGUAUUUUACAGAUUUGUUAACCUCUUUUACUACUUAUGCAAUUGAACAUUUUUCCAGUCAGGUGUGUAAUUGUAAACUGACUAAAUUUUCUGACUGAUAUACUACUAUAGGAAAUAAUUGUUAAAGUUGUUUUUCAGCAAUUUUAACCAAAUCGUCUGGUUUAUAUCAUGCCAUGAUUUUCAAAAGCAAAUUCCCUUUUAAUUGGUUACUAUGUUUAAAAGUUCUUAGUUACUUUUGGUUGUAAAUCUAAUUUUUAUCCUCAGAAGUCCCAUAGGUGUCAGUAGAAGUUGCACCCUAAGCUAAUUAUUUUUGUGCUCAAUAAGCAAGUAUAGUUUCUGUAGCAGGUGUUGUACCUCUUGCUAUUUAUGCUACCUCUUAGCUAGGGAACCAUGAGCUCAUUUUAGUCUCUCAUAUUUCUGAUUUACACUGUUGAAGUCCUAUAUGCAAGGCAGUGCAGCUGAGCCUAGGAUGAAGCUCAUGUCUUCAGUAUACAUACCUGUCAAUAAUCACAUUCAGACCAUUAGUACUGGCUUUGCUGCAUGUGGAAAUAUAUUUUACUAUGUUUUCCCCAGGUUUUAAAGCUCCUUUUAUUACAGAUAUUUGGGUGUUUUCACCCUUCCUUUGCCCCUUGCAUUUUUAAAAUGGUUUAACUAGUAUUUUUAAGAAUUAAAAAUUUAAAUAGGGAGGAAGAUACUGUAGUUAUAAGAACAAGAAACUAGUAGAGAGUGAGCGCUUAUGGCAGUUUUCUUCUGUGCCACAAGCUAGCUGCUGCUAUAGAAAUGCAAGAUAAUGAUAGUUACCCUUGGUGUGCGUAGGCCUAGAGCUUCAAGUUCAGUUUGCUGACAAUCUAAAUUCAGCCUAGUCUCAAUUUUACAGCGUUCCAGUCUGAACUUCCCAGGGUCUCAGCACCUCAGCAUAAUAAUGUUCCUCUGUGCCAUUAUCAGAAUCACACAUUGAAUUAUUUUAUUGUAUGGUGAUUUGAAUAAACAAGGACUGUUGGCUAUUGGAUGAGGUCAUUUGCUCUAUUUAGGAAUAAAUGAAAUGUGUCCCUUGCUCACAUUUAUUAAAUCUCUGGAUCGAUGCUUUCAAAAUCUGUUCCCGAUUUUGUGUUGGUUUUUAAUUUUUUUUUUCAGUCAAAGAGUACUUACUCUGACCAGUGAAUGAAAAAUUGGAGGCAAAAUUAUGCACGGCAGAAGCUCAUUUAUGCAAACUUCUUUUAUCCAGAAACAAACCCUUCAUGUGAAACUGAGUUAUGUUUCCCAACAUGCAAGAUUAGUUUGUCUAAAUGGGGUUCUGCUAUGAUCUAUUUUGUUUCUGUAAUCUCUUAUGCCUUGAAAUAAACAGUAGUUCUACUGAUGGUAAUAGGACUAAAAAAUUUAGUAACUAACCCAAGUUCAAAUUUGGUAAAAGGUAUUUUCUGCUCUUUUACAUUUGGUGCCAAAAGAGAAUAUAAGCAACUAUUCAAAUGAGCCUUGUUAUCUAACCUCAAUCUAUUUUGUCCUGAAAAAUAAGUGUACGUUUUGAUAACACUAGAGAAGAUGCCUGAAUAAAAAGUGUUGGACACAAAAAUGAAUACUCUAUCUAGGACAUAAAUUAUAUUAUAAAUAAGGAAACAAACAUGUUUUUUCUGAUUUAUGAAAUAUGUUUAACAAGUCUAGGAAACUUCCUUCUUAUUUCAAAUCCAUUGACAGUAGGGAAGUAUUUUGGAAGAAAGUAGAAAUAAUUAAAGAAAAAUACCUUAAUGAGAGUUUCUGAUUCCUUUUUAGGUACAUUUGGUAGCUUUUUCUUUUUAAAUUAUAGUGGUAAAGAUGAGAAUAACCACUGAUGCCUUUUGGCUCUUUUAUUAGUGCUGUAUAGUACAUUUGCCUUUUUUAGUAUUGCCACUAGAAUUUCUCAGCAAUGAGCUACUAUCUGUACACUUUUUAGGGUCAGAUCCUGCAAACACUGACUACUGAUCAUAGCUUAUUAGCAUUAAGCCCUGUAGUAAGUAUUUGCAAGCUCUGGCUGUUAAUGUUAAACACAAUUUAUCACAUGCCUUACAAAUAUUUUCUGGAAUAUUAUUAAAAAGAGAGUAUUCUAUUGCCAAAAUACCCCUUUGUUACUACUUCUACUCUAUAUUAGCACUAGAAAAGUAAUGUAGCGAGAAAUUAUAUUGUACAGUUCAAAAUUAUAUAUAUAUAUAUUUUGCCAAUAAUAUGAAAAUAGAGCAAAAGAAAAGCACAUUUGUAACAGCACAAAUUUACAAGAAAUCCAUUGUUACAUUUGGCAUUGUAUUUUUGAAAAGACAAAUAGAAUAUUGAUCCAGUUUUACUGUAUUUACUGCAUUUUACUUUAACUUGUUGCUUAAAAUUUUUCCAGCAGUUUAUUUCAGAGCCUUGCAGUUUGCAUUUGUAAUUUAAUUUGUCCAUGAAAUGCUAUUCCCUCCAUGUUAACAAAAUAAAAAAUAAAAUCAACCUUCAACAUUGGGAAUAUAAAACUACUCCUAUUUUUCUCCCCAAACUGGAAAUGACUAUGAAUGAAUAAUUAGCACUCGUUUAUCUUGCUUUAGCAAAUAUACCAAUAGUAUGUUUGUUGACCACGGUUUGAAAUGAAAUAUAACUCUUCUGAGCUAAAAAUGCCAUUUUGCCUUUGCAUACUUUAAUGCUAUGGUGGGGGCAGGGAAUUAAACAUGUAAAUGCUACUUAGGGGUCCAAGCUAGCUCACCCCAACGUCCCAGUGAAAUCACUAAGUUUUCUUUAAACAAGGAACAUAUGCUCAGGCCCAACGUCUGUAUAACUUUGAAACUGGCCUGAUUCUCCUCUCAUGCACAGAUGGCAUUAGAGGAAUUUCAAUUGCUGAAGCAUAGUUUUGGAGAAGAAUCAGAUCAAAUAAAAUCCUGUUUGUACAUUAAAAAUUGAUAUGGCCAGGUAACAUGGUGAAAACAAUCAUUCAAAUUCAGAGCCAUGGACCUUGGGCUUUUUUAUCUUCCAGUAAGUCUCUAACUAUUGGCCAAACUAGUUCCCAUUUCUGUUUGUCAGAUUUUUGCCAGUUACAUUAAUGGGAACUAGCUCAGGCUCAUUAUGGUAAAGAAUUAUUGCCUUUACUGAAUUUUUUUUUUUGUUGUUGCUGAUUUGCCCCUUCCUAUUUUUACUUCUAUAGAUACCGUAUGUGUAGCAUUCUACAAGGCAUGCUGGGUAAAAUAUACUAUGCAAAUGUGUACAGUGUUGCAUGUUUUGCUCUCCCUCUGCUUUAGUGGCUUUCAAGGAAAAAAGUGUUGUUAUUUUUGUGAAAAGAAACAUUUAACAAAGAAAAUGCGGAAUGCAUGCGUACAGUAUCCUGAUUUCUAUGGAUUUGUUUUAUGGAAUUUAGAUGUACAAAAUGAGCUGCAUUAAAAAAAAAAACUUUUUUUCUACAAUAAAUGAAAAGCUAUAUAAA